GACGAAUAUACGAUAGAUGAUUAUUUUUGACCUUUUAUUGGUAAGGGAGCAAACCAAGUUAUAUAUACUUUUCCCAGUAAUUUAGUGAAACAAGAUUCACGCAGAAAAAUGGAGAUCAAACUUAGCCUCAAACUCCUUAUCUUUUUCUCCUGCAUCGCCUACACAUAUGGAAAUGCAUUAGAUUGUGUUUACACCAUCUAUGUGGAAACUGGCAAUAUCCCAUUGGCUGGAACAAAAUCUAACAUAACCCUCUUCCUAAGCGACAGCACAAAGGCCCAACUCCCCAUUGUUAAUCUUAAAGAUUGGGGCUUAAUGGGCUCUUCCUACAACUACUUUGGGCACGGGGAAGUGGACCUCUUCGCCGGCAAAGGCCCGUGUUUACGUGGCCCUGUCUGCAGCAUAAUUAUCGUGCUAGAUGGUUUCGAUAGUUGGUUUUGCGAAUCUAUCGAGAUAACCACGGUAGGCUCUGGAAAGCCGUGUUCGCAAAAGAAGUUCGAGGUCAAGAAAUGGCUCGACGUUAUUAAGGGGUCCGCGGUCAUUCUUCAAGACGAGUGUUCGGAUGACGACGACGAUGGUGUGGUGAGCAACGUCCAUUUGGAGACAUCUAAGGAGUGAACCUUCUCUAUGAAUAGUGAGAGGUCUGAGGUUGAGGUUUGAGUAGUGGUAAAAUAAAUUUGUGGAUUUUAAUUCACUUUUUUUAAGAACAUGAUUGGGCUUCCAUUACUCAA